UGCUGUCUCAGAUGCGAUAACGACAUAGACACAGAUGAGUCAUGUAUCUAUCUCUAUGGGUGCCUUCGCAUAACUUCCGUCUCGUCUUCAGCGCAGCUCUUACUGUCUGUUUCUCUGGUCGUGGUGUUGUACCACUCAAUCUCAGUCAUGUAUUGGACAACUAAAGUGUUAAAGUUAAUCGUGCUGGCUGGAGUGUCUGUGUUGAUGGUGAUGUACCUGCGACAGUGGAUGGCUAGUAAACAGUAUGUCUUCACAAAGGAAGAUGUUGCUGUCCUGGCCAAGCGAUACGCAGGCCAGGACCACGACCAGGCGUUCUCCAAGGUGGUGGUGGAGCUGCGGAGGAAGUACCCGGGUCACAUCCUGCCGGACGAGGACCUGCAGUGGGUGUUUGUCAACGCAGGCGGCUGGAUGGGGUCCAUGUGUCUGCUCCACGCCUCCCUCACCGAGUACGUCCUGCUGUUCGGCACCGCUGUGGACACAGGAGGACACUCAGGUCGUUACUGGGCUGAAAUAUCAGACACCAUCAUCUCUGGGACCUUCAGGCAGUGGAAGGAGGGAUCAACUAAGAGUGAAAUGUACUAUCCAGGUGAUACGAUAGUCCACACGGUAGGCGAGGCGACGUCGGUCCAGUGGAGCGCUGGGACGUGGAUGGUGGAGUACGGCAGAGGAUUCAUCCCCUCCACCCUGGGCUUCGCCCUGGCAGACACUCUGUUCAGCACACAGGACUUCCUCACUAUGUUCUACACCGUACGGGUCUACGCCAAGGGAAUGCUGCUGGAGGCCAAUACACUACUCACUGAGGCUGGCGUCUUCUGAGGAACCUGAUCCCUACCCCUUUCGGAGGCAGGCAUCUUCUGAGGAACCUGAUCCCUAAACCUUGAAACUUAUUGAGUUAAAUA